UGGAUGAGUUGUAAUAGGCGAAGAGUGAAUGAGCCUAUGACCCGGCGACUCUCAGAGAAGCUCCGUCUCUCUCUCCUAUUCCACAAGACAACCCGCUUUCUCUCUCUAAAACUCGCCGACCUCUCCGCUUCCACGCUCCACCACUGCAAGUCAUUCGCACGCGCCCUCGCUUCCAAGGCCCUUGCUCUCUUCUCCAUGGAUGACGUCUUCGCCGACGAUAUCGAUUUCUGGGACCCUGAUCGCACCUCCAAUUACCGCUCCCAGCGCCCUCGCCUUCUCGACUACUACGACGACGAAGACGAUGUUACAGCUGAGUCGGAGAAGGUCUUUUUGGUUCCUAACGGGUACGUGGUGGAAAGAGGUACUAACAUCUGCUGAUUAUAGAGAAGGCGUUUCAUACAGCGUGUCGUUGAGCAAUGACAGUGACUCGGUAAUUGUACUGAACUUGAGGAAGGAUGACUAUGCAGAAGAAGGGGGGUUUUCUGGUCGUGAGUAUGCCUUGUUUACUGAAGCAAAGUGGGUGCGUGCCCUUAAAAGGCAUAACGAGUUACGUGCAGCAGCUGAAAAGCAUGUUGGGAACUUGUCUGAUGGGGAGGAUUUUUCUCAGAUUGUUUUUCCUUUACAAAUUAAGCUUCUUGUUUCAUUGGAGACAAAUUCAUUGGCUGUGAAGAUAGCCAAAAAGGACAAUACAGUUGAUUCGUACAAAUUAGCAUGCAAUAUUUUUAUUUUGGAGUCUGAGCCUUUGCACAUUUGGGACUUCUCUGCGAAGACAACCAAAAUUUUGAUGAAUGGAAGUGCUAGUUUCCCUAAUGAUUCUCCUAGUCAGCCAAGCAGAGAGUAUCACCUUCAAUUGCAAGUGCAUGAAUUUUCCGAUUCCAUUAAUGAUCGAGAUGAAAGGGAUGAAGAAAUGGCUGAAGCACAUUCCAAGGUUGGAGGAACUUAUGAUGGAUUUGUUAAAAUGAAUGGGAGCACUGACAAAAUGUUUUCUUAUUCGACUCUUGCAAAUUCCUCACCACUUGGUCGUAGCUUCAGAGGACUUGGUUCUUUAGGCUUGACCGGACUACAGAAUCUUGGGAAUACUUGUUUUAUGAACAGUGCCAUUCAAUGCUUAGUGCAUACUCCACAGCUUGUUGACUUCUUUCUUGGAGACUAUUGCAAUGAGUUGAACCGUGAAAACCCUUUGGGGAUGGGAGGAGAUCUUGCUUCGUUAUUUGGUGAGCUCUUAAGAAAGUUAUGGGCUCCGGGAGCGGGGCCUGUGGCUCCACGAAAGUUCAAGUUGAAAAUUGCGAAGUUUGCUCUUCAGUUUGAUGGUUACAAUCAACAUGAUUCCCAGGAAUUUCUUUCGUUUUUGUUGGAUGGCAUCCAUGAAGAUCUAAAUCGUGUGAAAAAGAAACCCUUUAUUGAAGCAAAAGAUGCAGAAGGUCGCCCUGAUGAAGAGGCAGCAGAAGAACAUUGGAAGAAUUAUCGUUCUCAGAAUAACUCCAUCAUUGUUGAUUUGUUCCAUGGCCAAUACCGGUCAAUGUUGGUUUGCUCUGUUUGCUUUAAGUUGUCUCUGACAUUUGACCCAUUUAUGUCCCUUUCAUUGCCAUUACCUUCAACAACUAUGAGAAACUUGACCUUGACAGUCUUAAGCACAGAUGGGACGACACUGCCAUCGACUUUUACUGUAACAGUGCCCAUUAGGGGAACAUUUAAGGAUCUUAUUCAUUCUUUGAGCAUAGCGUGUUCACUGCAAGAUGAUGAAACCCUUUUGGUGGCUGAGAUAUACAAGAAUAGAGUUUUUCGUUUCUUGGAGGAUCCAGUUGAUUCAUUAGCCUUGAUCAGAGAUGAUGACAGACUAGUGGCUUAUCGUUUACCAAAAGAAAGUGAGAAAUUCACAUUGGUUGUGUUCAUGCAUCAAGAAAUAGGAAAAAGGUCUAAUCAUGGAAAGAUAUCCUUGGAUCAAAAGAUGUUUGGCAUUCCACUUGCAGCAAGUCUGUCUGAUCUUUGUUAUGGAGCUGAUAUUCAAAAGCAGUUUUUGAAGCUACUGAAUCCAUUUUUUAUUUCGAUCGAAGAUAUUUUAAAUGACUCUGGAGAUUAUGCUAAUGAAGAUAAUGAAAUAGAGGUUGUGACUGUCCCUACAAGCCUAAUUGGUAAGAUGGCAUCAGACAGUGAAUCAAGGAAUCAUACAGAUUUGGAUGUGGACUUUCAAUUUUAUGUCAGGGGUGUAUUGGAGGGGGAGGAUAUCUUGAUAGAAAUGAAUAAACCUCUGUCAGUAUUGGACUUGUCCAAGAAGUUGGAGGUACUUGUUUUAUGGUCAGAUAAAAUGAUUGAGAAAUAUGACACUUCUCUAUUCAGCUCAUUGCCUGCUGUUUCCAAGCCCCAGUUGUCAAUACAGAGGUCCCAAGAUUCUGUUUCUCUAUACAAAUGCCUUGAAGCAUACUUGAAGGAGGAGCCUCUAGGACCAGAAAACAUGUGGUACUGUCCCAGUUGCCAGAAGCAUCAGCUAGCCAGUAAAAAGUUAGAUCUUUGGACAUUGCCUGAAAUUCUAAUCAUCCAUUUGAAGAGAUUCUCAUGUGCACGUUCUCAAGCUACAAAGUUGGAGACAUAUGUGGAUUUUCCAAUUGAUGUUAUGGAUUUCUCAACCUGCAUUAACCAAAAGAACAGUCAACUGUCAAGCCGAUACAGUUUAUAUGCAAUUAGCAAUCAUUAUGGGGGUACAACUUGUGGUCAUUAUACCUCAUUUGUUCGACAUGAUAAUGGCAGGUGGUUCGAGUUUGAUGACGACAGCGUUUUUUCUGUUAGUGAAGAGAGGAUUAAGACAGAAGCCGCAUAUGUUCUUUUCUAUAGAAGACUGCGGGGUGCUUAAGCUAACCAUAGUUGUAUAGCAACAGCAGCAGCCAUUUGGAGGUAGAAAGCCAACAUUUCAUUUUUAUUAUUUUCCCUUAACUUCUUUCUGAAGUCGUCCACAAGUUCACUAGAAAGGGCAGACAUAUAAUCUUGGUUGCAGCUUGGAACUGGGAGAGAAAUACAACUUGUAGAGAGAAAGAAAAAAAGAACAGAAAAAUUACAAGAGAUUCAAUUGUGUACAGAUCUAAAAGGUUGCCGGUGAGAAGGGCCCCAAGAGCAGAGCUUUUCCACCACCACAUUGACUUACAUGUAUAUAUCCUUUUAAACAAAGAAAAAUUGGAAGUAACAAUGAAACACAAACUCAGUGUAGUUGCCCUUUUGACAUUGUAAAUGAUACCAGGUGUUGGCAUUUUGGACCACAGGAAAUCACAUAUCAAUGGUGUUUUGAUUCAUGAUUCAUGAUUCAUUAUUGAGAA